CUACCAACCCCCAUGAAGUCCAUACCCACCAACCUUUCUCAUCUGUAGCCUCUCGUCUUCUAAACCCAACUACUCUUAACUCUCUCUCUCUAAUAUAUAUAUAUAUUCUUACACAGAGAGAGAGAAGAGAAAGAAAGAAAAGGGUUGUUGACAUAUAAUCGAUUGGAGGUUUCAUCCGACUGAGCAACAAUGGCCUCGUCUAUCUCCAUCAAGCAUUUUCUCGCAGCUCAAUCAUCCGACCUCAGAUCUCUCCAGCAAUCCGAUCUCCCGAGGCUUUCGUCUUCUUCGAAUGUCCAAUUCUCUCCACGCAAACAACAAAUUAGAAGAUUUGAAAUAAAGGCUAUUGGGAGUACAUUUGGAAAUUACUUUCGUGUCACUACAUAUGGAGAGUCUCAUGGUGGAGGAGUUGGUUGUGUCAUUGAUGGUUGUCCACCAAGGAUUCCUCUCAAAGAAGCUGAUAUGCAAGUAGAGCUUGACAGAAGGAGGCCAGGCCAGAGCCGCAUUACUACUCCUAGAAAAGAAAGUGAUACUUGCCGUAUUUAUUCUGGUGUUGCUGAAGGUCUGACUACUGGUGCUCCAAUCAUGAUUAUGGUACCCAAUACAGAUCAAAGAGGAACUGAUUAUAAUGAAAUGUCAUUGGCCUAUCGCCCUUCUCAUGCGGAUGCUACCUAUGACUUUAAGUAUGGUGUGAGAGCCGUGCAGGGUGGUGGUCGUUCUUCUGCUAGAGAAACCAUUGGGAGAGUAGCUGCAGGAGCUCUUGCAAAGAAAAUUCUUAAGGAAUUUUCAGGAACAGAGGUCUUUGCUUACGUUUCUCAAGUGCACAAGGUUACACUUCCAGAGGGUUUGGUUGACCAUGAUUCUCUAACCCUUGAUCAGAUAGAAAGUAACAUUGUUCGGUGCCCAGACCCUGAAUAUGCAGAGAAGAUGAUUGCUGCCAUUGAUGCUGUCCGAGUAAGAGGGGAUUCUGUCGGUGGUGUGGUCACAUGCAUUGCAAGAAAUGUCCCUCGUGGGCUUGGAUUACCAGUCUUUGAUAAACUUGAAGCUGAGCUUGCCAAGGCUGCUUUGUCAUUACCUGCAACUAAGGGCUUUGAGUUUGGGAGUGGAUUUGCUGGUACAUUAAUGACUGGUAGUGAGCACAAUGACGAGUUCUUUACAGAUGAGCAUGGGCGAAUCAGGACUAGAACAAACCGAUCUGGAGGAAUUCAGGGUGGGAUAUCGAAUGGAGAAAUAAUAAACAUGAGAAUAGGUUUCAAGCCAACUUCAACUAUUUCAAGGAAACAACAAACUGUUACAAGAGAGAAGCUAGAAACAGAACUCAUUGCUCGUGGCCGCCAUGAUCCUUGUGUUGUCCCACGAGCUGUACCUAUGGUUGAAGCAGUUGUGGCUCUGGUGCUGUUGGAUCAAUUGAUGGCACAAUAUGCUCAAUGUGAGCUCUUUCCAAUUAAUCCUGCUCUACAGGAGCCAAUGGAAUUGCCCAGACUUGAUCGAGUCGGCCUUCCUCUUUGAUAAGUAGCAAGGAAUUUUAUGUUCAUUUUGUGCAAACUCGAUUUGUUAUAAUUCCCUGGAGGCUGAGGUUCGUUUUGUGGCUAAUAGUUUUGUUGUAGUUAUACAAUUUUUAUUUUUGGUUGUUUUGGGUUUUUUUUAUCAGUGUAUCCAUGGGUGCAAUAUCCAUAUAGGAUACAUGAUUGGACUAGGAUGAGAUAUUCAUCUUUGGUUUAGUAAUCUCAAUAAGGAUAAAAGCUUGGAUAAUACAUCCUGAUUCCUGUAAACUAAUGAAUUAUCUGUUAAAGUUUUGUAUCCAUUUAUGGA